GUCCAAAUCAAUCAUCCCCUUCGUCCUCACCGACCGAGAUGCUAUCAAGCGAUGGUCAUUGAGUCGUCACCCGAGGAAUCCUCGCAAGACUCGCAGACGGUCAAGAGAUUUGCCUCGACACCCGAAGAUCGACUGAAGCAGAGCAGCGCCUAUCUUGAGGGCCUCUUGGCCCAAUUUCGCGCCAACAAGACCCUGUCAGCGCCGCCUCCCCAGCAACCGCCUCUUUCCUCGUCCUCACCCACGCCAGCUGCUUGCGUCGCAGCUCCUCCGGAAGAGCAGCCUGUAAUCGAGCCCAGCAACGCACGCUCAGCACCGAUACAGGAGAAAGGCGAAUCAUCAGGUCCAACUCCUGCUGAUCCCUCUCUACACACUGCCAAGGCGGACCCUCUCAUUGACAGUCCCUCUAUGCCGUCAUCUCUUGAGGUACCAGCGCCUCCCAUCAGCGAGCGUCAAGCCCAGACCAUGACGUCCAAUCACCCCUGGGCGUCCGCCGUGAGCUCAGCGGCGGCCAAUGUCGAGAACCAGAUACGUUGGACAUUUGGCAUGUCGUCAAGAUCGGCGUCCAAUAGCAGCGAAGCAUCGCGCGGCGGUGGGAUGACCAGCUCAAAAGAAGUUUCGCAGAGCCUUGGUACGGAAGACGCGGAGGCGGAGAAGCAAGCUAUAGCGGAAGAGGAGCCGCGAGAGAAGGCAGUAGAGCCGCAAGGUGCUGAGGAUGAUCGCCGAGAGGCUGAGGUCGAUCUGAGCAAGGAGGCUCAGAUUGAGACAAAGGAGGUCGCGGAACAGGUCAGAGCAUCGCCGGAGAACAGAGCAGUGGUGGACGUCGCAUCAGCUAUUGAGACAGACUUGGCCGAUCAGCAGGCAGACCUGGCCGCAGAGCCGGUGAACCAAGAGAUGACAGCGGUCAGCGAGGAUGGCGAUGGAAGCACGAAGGCGACAAACAGCUCCCGUGCAUCCGCUUUUGAGAUUGCAAAUGCUGCACCAGCCAUACUCAGCGCUCCCGUACGACCGCUGCAGGAGCAGCUCGAAGCGGCUUGGGGCCCCUUUGAACUCUCACAGCUCUCUCAAGGCGACGAUGACGAGGAAGAAUCGCCGACUUGGAGCUCGAACGUCAACGCGAGUCAGCAACGACCAUCAGCAGAACAACCAGCCGAAGCUGAAACCUCCCAGGCAGGAGGUCGAGCCGAAGCUGAAACCUCCCAGGCAGGAGGUGUCGCUAGCCCAUGCCCCGCAGCAGCCACCUCCGCGCUUUCCCAAGAGGACGUGCCAACUUCUCAAGAGCCCAGCGCUUCCGCUGCGCUCGUUUCCUCAUCGCAGGAGACUGGAUCCCAGCAGCAGGAAUCGUCAAUUGGCCCUCCGACGUUCCAUGCAGACAUGAGCUUGCCCUUCUCGUUCGCAGCGAGCGAUGCGGGCAGCGCCGUACCUCACGAGGAAGCGCGAAGCGAGGCCGAAGACGAGACAGCCGGGCCAGUGCAGCGAAUCAAUGCGGUUGCCGGCCCUAGCAGGCGAGUCAGAUUUGUGGAUCCUAUAUCGUCCUCGCAAGAUUGCACCCGAAGACGCUCUCCCUCUUCGAGCCCACAUCGCCGCACUGUGCAAGAGCUCUCCCGACUCGAGCCGCCCUCAACUCAAGAGGCAGCACAGUCCACUUUCGUCAUCGACCUGACCUCGCCCAGACCCAUGAGCUUCACUCCUCAUCGCCGUCCGCCAGCCCAACGUGCCUCGGCUCAGGACGAGUAUAGCCAAGACGCUGAGGAGGAUACCGCUCGCCGCCUGCGACAGCGCUCAGUCAUGGGUGGCUCACGUCGGAAGAGCGCAGAGCGCGCUGACCAGCUCAUCAAGCAUCGCGCAAAGCUGCUGCAAUAUUUCCGGAGGAAGGUGGCCGAAUCGCAGCGAGCGGAUUUAGAGUCGCAGCAUGCGGAGGACGAGUCGUGGAGGGAGGACGAUGACGAUGGGGCGGAGGCGGAAGAGGAGGAGGAGGAGGGGGAUAGUGUCAAGCGUGGAACAGCGUCCGCGCCAGCAGCAAGCGGUCGUCUUGCGCAGCAACGCAAGCACGCACAGGCUCUGCCAAGCAAGCAUGCUCAGCCACGUCUCGCUCAGAGCAAAUUAAACUUCACGACAAGGCCUAGCGAUGAUGACCGUGGUCAGGGCUCAUCGACUGGAGCCGCCCUAGCGCCCUCUGCAUCGGGCGGUCGCAUCGCUGCCGUUGCCCGUACCAACAAAGACGACGACGACGACGACGACGACGGGCCCAUCAGGGCUGGACGUAGACGACCCUUUACUCCUCUGAUCUUGCCCGAGAGUGGCAGCAGCUCGGAGGGCGUGCGGAAUGGGGUCAAUCAUGAUGAUGGCAACCAUGCCUCUUCUCCAUCGGCAGGGGGAUGUCAAGUGAGAAGUCCGAUGCGAGGCUUCGCAGCAGGCGGGCCUGAGCAGGUGGAGCGUGGGGAAUGCGCGUCAGACCAAGAGAACAUCCCAGGCCCAUCUUUGGGCGAUGACCAACAAGCCAAUUUGGACGCACCUUCGGCCACACGCUCAGAGAUCGACUCCUCCGCGAGCAAUCACAGCCACCUCAGCGUCGCUGUUGCGCCCAUCGGAGAGAGUCAGCUCAUCGAAAGCGGCACCAGUCAGCCUCAGUCUGCAAGCAUGGAAGCAAGCCAGAUUCCCCGCUCGCAGCCAAGCCAAUCUAGCAGCGCCGAUGCCGGUGGCAUUGCAGGCGCCUCGAUGGCCGCAGUGAAUGGCAGCUUGAGCAACAUGCACCAGCAGUCCUGCUCGACAGGCUCGGACACGGAGGAAGAAGAGAUGAUCUCGCGGCCCGCCCGCCUUCCUGCCCCUCCUCGUCCGGCAGCAGCAUCGAGUUCGGCCGCAGGGCCGUCCGCGCCCGCACAUCCUUCCAGUGGCAGCAGAGCCGCAGCUGCAACCGCUCCUCCUCUUCAUGUACCCCCACCUCCUGCCAUUGUCCUUGAGCAGGGCCUCUCGACUUCUCCAACGCUUCGUCAGCUCAGGGAGGAGCGUGAGCUUGCGAGGCAGGAGACGGAAUGGCUACGUCAGCAGGCUGCUGAUGCCAAGCAGCGGGGAGACAGCAGUAGGCGCGGCCCAGUUGAAGAGGAGCAAGGGCAUCGAGAUGAUGAAGAUGGCGAGACGACGGCGGAGAGGGCAGCAGACGCUGCCGCCGAUCGUAGCGCGCCUAUGCUACGACCGCUCGGCGAUCUUAUGGGCGGCUUGCUCAGAUACCAGCGACAAGAAGAAGCAGAGCCGCCUCGAGCACCCCCAGCAGAGCAUUCCAGACGAGCAGGUCAGGCGGGUGAUGAUGCGCAAGAGGAGGCCGCAACUUCGAUGGCGAGGGCGAAUGCGGCGGAGAUGGCAAAGACGACGAACAUCACGAGAACGCCAACGCCGGGCCAGCAACGCCCUCGAAAGCGCCCGCGCACCUCUGGCAGCGCUACGCCCGCCGAACGUGAGGCACAGCGUCGACGCUAUAAUGAGCUAUUGGCUAGCAUCGUAGACUGAGAUUUGAGUCGCGAAUAUCCCAAUGAAAGCCUGUCACCCAUUCGCCUGCGUCCUGUUCAAUCCCCCAGUGUGGCAUCGUAGAAAUGGCCCGGAUGAGCUCGUGGAGUGGGGGCCACCUGCAAGGAGCAGUGCCGAUUGAACGUUGAAGGUUGAGGGUGGAACGUCGAUCGUCGUCUCCUCAUCUGAUCUUCGAUCUCUACAUCCCCCUUUCUGCUUCGCAAUCCGAUGAUCGUCGG